CUCCAUUCUAUUUUAUUUAAAAGGAUGCAAGGAAAGCAGCAUGCGACACAACAUUGGUCCAGUCCACAUCGGGCAUGGAGCCGAUUGGCAGAAUACAAAUGCGGACGAGACGAACCCUUCGGGGUCAUUUAGCUAAAAUUUAUGCGAUGCAUUGGGGCAGUGAUUCUAGUGACUCCAGAAAUCUGGUAUCAGCCUCACAAGAUGGAAAGCUGAUCGUUUGGGAUAGUUACACGACGAAUAAAGUUCACGCCAUCCCACUGCGUUCUUCGUGGGUAAUGACAUGCGCUUACGCACCCUCUGGAAGUUACGUAGCUUGCGGUGGAUUGGACAAUAUUUGUUCCAUCUACAGCCUUAAAACUAGAGAAGGAAAUGUCCGUGUCAGCAGAGAACUUCCGGGACACACUGGUUACCUUUCCUGCUGUCGGUUUCUUGACGACAACCAAAUUGUUACCAGUUCCGGCGAUAUGUCAUGUGCUCUCUGGGACAUCGAAACUGGACAGCAGUGUACCUCCUUCAUCGGACACACGGGGGAUGUAAUGUCUCUUUCACUUGCACCAGAUAUGCGCACCUUCGUUUCCGGUGCGUGCGACGCGAGUGCAAAAUUGUGGGACAUUCGCGAAGGCUCUUGCAAACAAACUUUCCCGGGACACGAAAGCGACAUUAACGCUGUCACGUUCUUCCCUAAUGGAUACGCUUUCGCGACGGGUUCCGACGACGCGACCUGUAGAUUAUUCGAUAUCAGAGCAGAUCAAGAAUUAGCAAUGUAUAGUCACGAUAAUAUCAUCUGUGGAAUUACGAGCGUAGCUUUUAGCAAGAGUGGAAGGUUGCUUUUGGCUGGCUACGACGACUUCAAUUGCAACGUUUGGGAUUCGAUGAAAACCGAACGAGCGGGAAUUCUUGCCGGACACGACAACCGUGUCUCCUGUCUUGGAGUGACAGAGGACGGCAUGGCUGUGGCGACGGGCUCCUGGGACUCGUUCCUCCGCAUCUGGAAUUAACGUGGAGCCUCUCCCAAGUCCUUCCUCGAAAGAGAGCCCAUCAGCCAAUCAGCAGAGAGCACGAGCUCAAUCUACCACCAGCUGACGACGACGACGGCGACGAGCGACGACGAAGAAGAAGAAAAAAUCAUCCUGGCUCACGAUAAUCAUCCGCCGCCAUCGCCGCCGUCGGCGCCGCCAGACCAAGCCAACUUGUUGACCUUCAUCGGGAACUUGCGCCAUUCACGUAACCGCCGCGGAAACUGCUGCCGAAUUCAGAAAAACGACGAAUUCCUAAAUCUGAGCUGUGAGUGCGAAACGACGCAGCACCAGGUAGGCCACGAAAAACUUGCGUGUCGUAUCGCUCGGGAAUUGCCCUGGAGAUGUCGUCGCAAGGUCGGCGAAAAAGUCACACGCUACCAACGCUUCUAAUAAAAUAAAAGUAAAAUAAAGAAGAAACAGAAGAUGGAGAAGAAUAAUAAUAAUACUUAUUAUUAUUGUUAUUAUUAUUAAACUUAUAUAAUAAAGGGAUCGUCUUUGAAGCGGGGAAGCACACCAAAAAAUAAGAGAAACGGAGAGUAGAGAAUUAAAUUUAAAGAAGGAAAAGAAAGAAAAAAGAAAGAAAAUAAAAUAAAAUAAGAGAAGAGAAGAGAAGAAAAGCAAAAGUGUGAAGCGCACACUAAAAAUGAAGCCAAAAUUCACCAUUAUCAUCAUCAUCUUCAUCAUUUUAUCAUUAUUUUUCCUUCUUCCUCCUCUUCUCUCGUGUUCUUCGAUAAUUUAAUUUCAUAUGAGAAUAUAAAGAGGAAGAAAGAAUUCGCAAAAAAUUGGCUUUCAUUUGCGACGCGCAAGAAUCUCUGUAGAUCGAUUUAGGUUUUUCUACUGACUCGAAAACGAGAGUCGUGUCUCGCUCUUUUGCGAAGGAGCCAUCACUCGUACGCACCAAUAUCACAUUUAAGGGAACUUAAUUUACGAAAAGGCAAAGGAAAACGAAAAAAAAAAAAAUAAAAAGAAAGGAAACAAGAAGAUAUUUCAGGCACAAAAUAGAGUGUGUAAAUGGUAUA